GUUUCUGUGGGUGUAAUCUAACUGUCUGUUUUUGUCUGUUUUUGUGUUUUGCAGGAUUGUUUUGAAGAUGCCUACGACCGGAUACCCGUGGCUGGUAAGAUGGACUUGAAGACGUCCAUAGAAGAGUGUUCUAUGGCUCUGAACCUGGUCCUGAACAACAAAUUCUCAGAGGCCCUGGACCUCCUCAAACCAUGGUGGAAGGACAGUAUGUAUCAUGCUCUGGGCUACAGUUCUAUCCUGGUGAUGCAGGCUGCCAUGACGUUUGAACACAGAGACAUACAGACAGCCAUGGCUGUCAUCAAAGAGGCCUUAACAACCUGCCAGAGGUUCAGGAAGAGAAACUCUGUGGUGGAGUCUAUCUCCAGUCUGGUGACCAAACAAUCUAAUGACCACCUCAGAGAAGAGGAGAUGCAUGCAGAGAUCUGCUAUGCUGAGUGCCUACUGCAGAAAGCCACGCUCACCUUCGUACAGGAUGAAAACAUGAUCAGCUUUAUCAAAGGAGGGAUCAAAAUACGCACAAGUUACCAGAUUUACAAGGAAUGUCAGAAUAUUCUGAAUGUGACUCAGGACCAAAGCAGUGAAUCAUUCAGGCAGUUCGAAGGAGGAGUGAGACUCGGUAUCGGAUCCUUCAACCUGAUGCUGUCCCUCCUUCCUCAGAGAAUCCUCAGGUUGCUGGAAGUCAUUGGUUUUUCUGGCAACAGAGACUUUGGUCUGUCUCAGCUGAGAGAAGGAGCAGCUAGCCACGGUCUCAGAGCUGUCCUCAGUGUGUUAACGUUGCUGCUAUACCAUACCUACGUUACACUCAUACUGGGUACUGGAGAAGGAAACCUUGUAGAGGCAGAAGCCUUACUGGGACCUUACCUCGAGAAGUUCCCUAACGGUUCUAUCAUUCUGUUCUAUUCUGCUCGGAUUGCUGUGCUCAGAGGAAACUUCGAGAAGGCCCAGUUAAAGUUUGAGGAGUGUAUCUUAGCCCAGUCUCAGUGGAGACAGAUUCAUCACCUGUGUUACUGGGAGUUGAUGUGGAGUCACUCCUUCACUCAGGACUGGCUGCAGGCAUACAGAUACGCUGACCUGCUCUGUAAGGAGAGUCGCUGGUCCAAGGCCAUCUAUGUCUACCAGAAGGCUGCGAUCCUCUCUAUGUUGCCUGAAGAGGAGAUCAAGAAGACUGGAGAGAACGUGGUCGAGCUGUUCAGGCAGGUAGAGGGGCUGAAGCAGAGACUAGCAGGGAAGUCCAUACCUACUGAGAAGUUUGCAGUGAGGAAAUCACGAAGAUACAACGCCAGCAACCCUGUUAAACUGGUGGUUCCAGCACUGGAGAUGAUGUACGUAUGGAAUGGUUUCACCAUCGUAGGGAAGAGAGCCGACACCACAGAGAGUCUCCUCAUCACCAUAGAGAAGACGGAGGAGGAGCUACGCAACGACCCCAGUCCGUCAGAGUACCAUCCUGAUGACCAGUGUCUGGUUCAGAUGUUAAAAGGUCUCUGUCUGAAACACCUGGGAAGACUACUGCAGGCCGAGCUAUGCUUCACACAGGUUAUAUCCAGGUAUGACACGCCCACACAGGUUCUGUCCAGGUAUGACACGCCCACACAGGUUCUGUCCAGGUAUGACACGCCCACACAGGUUCUGUCCAGGUAUGACACGCCCACACAGGUUCUGUCCAGGUAUGACACGCGCACACAGGUUCUAUCCAGGUAUGACACGCCCACACAGGUUCUAUCCAGGUAUGACACGCCCACACAGGUUCUAUCCAGGUAUGACACGCCCACACAGGUUCUGUCCAGGUAUGACACGCCCACACAGGUUCUGUCCAGGUAUGACACGCCCACACAGGUUCUAUCCAGGUAUGACACGCCCACACAGGUUCUAUCCAGGUAUGACACGCCCACACAGGUUCUGUCCAGGUAUGACACGCGCACACAGGUUCUAUCCAGGUAUGACACGCGCACACAGGUUCUAUCCAGGUAUGACACGCCCACACAGGUUCUGUCCAGGUAUGACACGCCCACACAGGUUCUGUCCAGGUAUGACACGCCCACACAGGUUCUAUCCAGGUAUGACACGCGCACACAGGUUCUAUCCAGGUAG